AUGUCCUACGCCGUCGAAUCCAAGAAGCGAAAGUUCCAUCGGGUUUUAGAAUCAUUAUCCAAACCUACCACGUCCGAUAAUGCGCCAAAACCACCACCUUUAGCGCCCGCGACAGCCCAAGACCGCCUCUCCGCCAACCUCUCCCUCAAGAAAGUUCGCUUGAGCAGCGCCGAGCGCACCGAACUUCCAGCUGUGCGAAAUUCAAUAAAUAAGAUUUCCCGACCGGCGCAUCGUCUAGCUUCCGCAAACUCGAAUAAGCGCCCAACCUUUGUCCCUUGGGAUCGUGAACGUUUCCUCGAGCGGUUGGAGACGUUUCGUCGCGUCGAUCGAUGGACUUCGAAGCCAGCACCAAUCAAUGAAGUACAAUGGGCGAAGCAUGGCUGGAUAUGCACAGAUGCUAUGCGAGUUACUUGUGUGAGCGCGUGCGGUGGUGCGGUCGUUGUGAAGCUUCCUGAUGAGGUUGAUGAACUCGACGGGUUUGACAUUGACAAAGUUGAAGAGAGGAAACAAGUUCGCUCAAGGCUUGUGGACGAGUAUGCGAAGAUGCUAAGUAGUUCCCAUGGCGAGGGCUGCCCCUGGCGUAACAAAAGCUGCGACGCAACUAUCCAACAUCUUCCUUUGACAAAUUGCGAGAUCGCCUUGUCGGGGCUUCACACGCGCUAUACGAACAUCUCGAAAAUGGGUGACAAGCUGCCUGCCGAUGAUAUUGUCGAGACUCCCGAGGGGCUAGAACUCGAUGCAAUAAUCAAUGGACUUCCUAACGAAUGGUUCGAGGCCACCGCUACUUCCACAAGCAGAGACCAAGAACUUACGAAUUGUGCCAAUCACGAAUCUACAGAUGGUGCCGAGCCAUCACAAUCAACAUCCCGCUCUGUCAAUCGGGCGGCACUGGCACUUGCAUUGCUCGGCUGGGAUACCGCCUCUGAUGGAGCUGCCGGAUUGGUUGGAUGUGGUGCUUGCUUCCGCCGUCUGGGGCUAUGGAUUUACAAACCCAAAGACAACGGCGAUGUCACGGUCUAUACUUCUUUGAAUGUAGCAGAUGAGCACAUGGAUUAUUGUCCCUGGAUUAACAAGUCCGCACAAAGUGGAACUGGCCGGGCCAACGAGAAACUGGCUGAUUUGCGCACUGGUUGGCAAUUAGUUGCAGAAGCAGUUAAGGUCAAACACCGUCGAAGACUUCGCGCUAUGGCCUCCACGGACACAUUGCGCGCCGAUCCAGGCACCCCGGUCGAAACUGCAGAUGAGGAAGAAAACCUAGAUGCAAAGAAGAAAGCAGACCGUGAGUGGUGGGCGAAGAUCCGGCGGGUAAGACAAGUCCUGACGGCCAAGUCUCCUAAACGAAAGCCUGUUCUGCCUGAUAUGUCUAAAUGA